UGUAUUGGUGCGACGGUGAAGACUUGACAGGUACGAUGCCGGUACAUAAACAAUCUAUGAGGCAAACUGAACUAACAUAUAUUUUGUUUCUUUUUAGAAAAGCGAAUUUACCAGCCGAAAAAAACAUCAUGACGUCGAAAUCGUCCCUGUAUCGAAAGCGCCGUCUCAUCCUUGAAGAAGAGGAACGAAUUAUGCGGGAAGAACGUGAUGCAAUGGAGGCUUCCAGCUCUGUUUCGGUACCGGCAUCGGGGGCUUCCGGCUUUGCUACGGAGCCGGCAUCGGAGCCCAUGAAUUUAGGUGCAAUCCAGGAAUACGUUUUCACCCAGUCUGCUUUACACAUUGCUCAUCGUUUUCCUACUGCUAGGAGGAGAUGUGUAUCGAACACCGGCAGACGGAAAAUUGUUUGUGUCUCACUCAACAUCGGACAUCGGAUCGGCAAGUCGAGGGAAUCAGUUUCAUCAUAAUGUUUUAAUAAAUACAAAUUUAACAGCACAGGUAACUUAAAAGCAAAACUCAUAAAUCGAACUGCUUCCACAAUUUUAGUUUCAUUUUUUUUUUCUUUCUCCCUGUAUGAUGGAUCGCGACAACCAUAACCUUUUUUUCCGGGGGCCCACACCGGAAAAUGGGGGAACUGGGACGAAAUUUGUUUAAGUUAUUUUACCGAUGUCGAACAAAAGGGUAAGCAUACCAUCGAUUUAA